GUCUUCAAUUUGUUCGUUAAACCCUAACCCCGCUGCUUCGUUCCCCCGCUCCCUCCUGCCAACCACUCGCCUCCUCUCCGCCGCUUCCAAUUCUCUCCUUCGAUGGCGAGCAGAGCCCAGAUUCCGAACAUCGAGGGCCCCCGGUUGAAUCCCGUCAGGAUCCGGUUACUAUUGACGGGCUGCCUCCCUGAGGAAAGCCGGCCUACUCCAGACCGCAACCAACUCUCCAUCAUCCUUUCUGAUAUCAAGACCUACGGCCUCCUCGACGAGCAAGUCCAUGACCCCUCCGAUGCGAAGCUGGUCGAGGAGUGGCGCAACGCCAUGGAUGCCUGGACAGAACGCGUCAUCUCGUUGGCAUCCAGUAAAAUGCCAGACAAAUGUAGUGUGGGUCUGUCUUUGCUGGGGGUGAGUUGUGGAGAGUGCAGCUCUGAUCGUUUCAUGGCAUCUUAUUCUGUUUGGUUCCAGAAGAUACUAUCAAUUAUUCAGCUUCCAUCCAGCACCAGUUUUGUAAGAAUGGCAGCUUGUGCUGCGUUAUCUGAUCUGUUCACCAGGCUGGCUGAUUUUUCCAACUUAAAGAAAGAUGGAAUAGCUUUUGCUGGAAAGGUUAUACUGCCAAUUAUCGAGUUGUUGAAUGAGAAUGGAUCAAAUGAAGAAGUAGUUCUUGAAUUGUUAUGUACCAUCCUGAUGUUCUUUCCUUCAUUGCAUCGGCACUAUGACAAUGUUCAAGCUGCUCUUGUCUCGAAGAUUGUGUCAUCAAGAUAUAAUGCAAAUUUAUCAAAGAAAAUAGCCAAUUGUUUGGCACUUCUUCCCAGGGCAAAAGGUGAUGAAGAUACCUGGUCUCUUAUGAUGCAAAAAAUUAUAAUAGAGAUAGAUAUUCUUCUUAAUGAUCCCUUACAAACACUGGAAGGAGAAACAAAAGGUUCUUCAGUUGUGAGAUUAUUGGUUCCACCUGGAAAGGAUCCCCCUUCGGAGUUGGGUAUACGAUCAUUAUUGAGAGAUGUGACAUAUCAACCAACAAAAAGAUUUCGCUACUUGGUAGUCCCCGUAGUUGACACUCUGAUUAAGUGUUGUUGCAUGAUGCUUACCAGGCCUUAUACUAUUCAGGUAAAGGUUCCUAUUGCGCCUUUGCUUGCACUGAUUCAUAAAGUGCUUAUGGUGGAUGACUCAUCACAUGAAUCCUUAACUCAAUUCACAACUGUCUUGAAUCAAGAACUUGUAUUUUAUCAAUUUCCAGCAUUACGUUUGAGUUGUUUGGAUCUUUUAAUUGCCCUUAUAAAGGGAGUUAGGAGCCAACUCAUACCACAUGGUGCCGCUGUUGCACGUAUUCUGACACAAUAUUCCAGGAAAGCUACAGUACCAUCUCUAAGGAUAAAAUUGUAUUCAGCGAUGGGGUUCUUAUUGAGAUCCAUGGGAGUUGGAAUGAGUUUGUAUCUUGCUCAAGAUCUAGUCAGCAAUGCUUCUGCUGAUCUGAAUGAUCAUCCUGGAAGCAAUACACAUAUAUCAAAUCAGCAAUUGUCUGGGGAGCCUGAUCAGGCUAUUACACAAAGUCGCCUAAGAAAAAGAAAACAUUUCUCUGAAUCAGCAACACAACUCCCAGAUGGUUCCCAUAAGCAGAGUGUCGUAAUCAGCUUAAAACCAUCUGCCCCUCUUUCUGUAAAAACUGCUGCACUUGAAGCCUUGCAAGCUCUUCUUACGAUGGGUGGUUCUUUGAGAUCAGAAUGUUGGCGGUCAGGUGUGGAUCAUUUGUUGAUUACGGUAGCUAAAAAUGCCUGCGAUAUGGGAUGGGCUUGCGGGGGGAAGUCUUCAGUUCGAAAAACUGAAUCAACUGACUCCCUAGUUGCUUUUCAGCUUGCGGCCUUACGAGCUCUCUUAGCAUCUCUGCUUUCUGCAUCACAUGCCCGGCCUCCUCACUUGUCGGAAGGGCUUGAAAUUUUUCGUAGAGGAAAAUUGGAAACCGGAACAAAACUUGCUGCCUGCUGUCAAGAUGCACUACUGUCCUUGGAAGCUCUUAUCCACCCUCGAGCGCUUCCUUUAAUACAUACCGAAGAUUCUAGGAACUCCACACUUAAAGCUUGCAAUCAGAGGUAUCAGGGAAAUACAUUUUAUGGUCAUCUGAAUCUAAACACUGCUAGUUUUCCAACAGUCGAUGUAGGUGCAACGAAUGGUAUGGAUGAUGAUAAUGGUGAUGAAGUAUUGAAUGGUUGGCUUCGUGGUGACAACGAAGAAGAGAGACCUGUUCAGCUUUCUCACACUCCUAUCACAAAGGAAGAUGCAGUUGGCUUGACUAAAGAUCAUGAGUUCAGAUUAAAUAAUGGAGAAUCAUCAAGAAUAAAUAUUGAUGGGCCAAGCAAUGUAGGAGACAUCAAUGUGCAGACUAUUGUUGCAGCUGAGACCGACAAAGCUUCUAAUGAAGACAAUAUUGCUGCCUAUGUUGCCCAAACGAAUGAAGAGGAAACCAAGAACAAUAAUCUCAAGAUAUCAGGCACCACAAAUGGGGAAUACCCCAGUAGUUCAGGAGCUCCAGUGAAAGUAGGAACGAUUUCCGACGAAACUAUGACAGCUGUUUGUGUAGUCGAUGGAAAGCAGCUCCAAAUAGGGACAUUCUCAAAUGAAAAUACUAGCGUUCCCAAUGUUUAUCAAGGCACAGAUGUGCCCGAUAAGAGAAUAGAACCAGCACCUAUGUAUGAUUCUGAUUCAGUUUCUCUUGAUUCACUACCUGGUAUCGUGGAUGUCGAUCCUGAUACAGAUUAGCUAACACCAUCUAAGCCAGAUCCUGCUAUGGUAAUUUAUCUUCUCGCCUUUCUGACUUAAUUUUCCUUCGUGAGAUUAUAAGAAUUUUUGACAAAUCAAGAUUUAUAAUUCUAUUUUUUUCUUAUCAAAGAAAAGAGACGGGUGUAAAAUAUUUUAGAAUUUUUUUUUAUGGAUUUCUUUUGGUAAACAUCUGUUGUACUAAUAAUAUUUUAGAAGUUCUUUUGCUCCCA